CGUUAUAAAUAUAUAUGUGCAUAAAUUAUAACCCCAAAGCAAAAUCAAGGGUCAAACAAAAUUGCAACGAUGAAGUCAUUGACCAGCCUUCAACUCUUCCUUUUCCUCUCAACCACCGUCUUCAACCUCUUCUCUUCCACCGCCGCCAUCGGCGUUAACUAUGGCAUGGUUGCAGAUAACCUCCCUUCACCGGCCAAAGUUGCCAACUUCAUCAAAACGAAAACUAUUUUCGAUAGCAUCAAAAUCUUCGACACCAACCCUAACGUACUUCGAGCCUUCGCCAACACCGACAUCACGAUGACAGUCACCAUUCCGAACGGCGAAAUCCCUAAUUUGGCCAACGAAGGGGCGGCUUCAGCAUGGGUGAACGCCAAUAUUCAACCUUUCCAUCCACAAACUAAGAUAAAAUAUAUAUCUGUUGGCAAUGAAGUUGUGCUUCUUGAUAAUCCGGCUCAUAUUAAUGGUCUUGUGCCAGCAAUGAAAGCUCUUACCGAAGCAUUGCGUAAAGCUGGGCCUCAGUUCCAAGAUAUUAAGGUUACAUCAGCUCAUGCCCUUAACAUGUUCCAAGGUCUGACAGUCCCAAGUUUAGCCAGGUUCAGGAUCGACCUUACCGAAACCUUCUUCAAACCAGUGCUCCAAUUCCAUCAACAAAACAAAUCCCCAUUCAUGAUCAACCCAUACCCAUACUUCGAACUCAACGUCAUGUCCAACAACAUCGAUUUCGCCGUUUUCAGGAAAACCCCCGGCGUUUUCGACCCCGCCAGCAAAAAAACAUACAGCAACGCCUUGGAUUCUCUUUUGGACAAAACCUACUCUGCCAUGUCGGCACUCGGUUUCGCAGACGUUGAUAUCGUCAUCGGCGAGACCGGUUGGCCUUCAUUGGGUGAUCCAGGGAACAAAGCUGCUGACAUGGAUAAUGCAGCUUCGUACAAUGGGCAUUUGAUUAGGAAAAUAGUUUCGGGUGUUGGGACGCCAUUGAUGCCUAACUGGAAGUUCGAGACUUAUAUUUUUGCUUUGUUUAAUGAGAAUCAGAAACCGGGUCCGCUUACUGAGAAGAAUUGGGGAUUGUUUCAACCGGAUUUUUCGCCGGUGUAUACGUCUGGUGCUUUGCGUGAUGGUCUUCAACCUAAUCUUAGUAAUCCUGGAUUUGCCGUCGAAGUCAAGCCUGGCCAGCCACUACCAAAGCCGGUUCAACCAAUGCCAGCACCACCAGCGGACACUGCUAAGAAGUUUUGUGUGCCCAAACCCGAAGCUACCGAUGCUCAAUUGCAGAAUAACCUGGAUUAUGCAUGCGGUCAAGGAAUCGAUUGCCGUCCGAUUCAAGCGGGUGGGGUUUGUGUUGAACCGGGCACCGUGAGGUCUCGUGCAGCAUUUGCCAUGAAUUCUUACUUUAAGUCAAAGUUGGGUGUUGAUAGCGCCUGUGAUUUUAGCGGCACCGGUCAAGAUGUGGAUGCUAGUGCUCAAGAAUUGCAGGAAAACUUGGACUGGACAUGCGGUCAAGGCAUCGAUUGCAGUCCGAUUCAACCGGAAGGGGCUUGUGAAUAUCCGGUCAAAGUGAGUUGUGCAGAUUUUUCCAUGAAUUCUUACUAUCGGGAGGCAGGUGAACUUAAAAGCGCUUGUGAUUUUAAUGGCACUGGUGUACUCAUAGAAGCCGAUCCAAGUAAGUCAGGGGUGGGGCUAGGAAUUCAUCACACCAACGGGACUGGAAGAGUUUAG